AAAAGCUAGUUUAGUUUUAAUAGACGGAGGUAGAAUCAGGGAAAACGAUGAGUAGUAGUAGUCAAUUAGGGAAGAGCGAGUCGUCGUCAAUGUCAAACCAUCAACGUCUGUAUGAUUUUGCGAAAAUGGCUUUGAUAAAGAUAUUCGCUCACCCAUACGCCACCGUCUGCGAAUUGUACUGUGGAGAAGCCUCUGAUGCUCAUAAAUGGCUCGACUCCCAAAUUGCCAACUACAUUGGUAUAGAUGUUUCUUCUUCUGCGAUUCAACAAAUUCGACAAUCCUUGGGGGACAACAACAACAAAUCUUGCACUACCCAUUUCUUUCACCUUGACCCUUCCACUGAAAGUAUAGAAAUUCGUUUGGAAGACAAGACCAAUACAGUUGAUUUUGUCUGCUGUUUGCAGCAUUUGCAGUUGUGUUUUGAAACCGAAGAGAAAGCGCGGAGACUUCUACAAAAUGUGUCAUCUCUACUGAAGCCAGGGGGAUAUUUUCUUGGCAUUACUCCUGACUCAUCUACUAUAUGGGCCAAGUAUCAGAAGAAUGUUGAAUCCUAUCACAACAGAAGCAGCAGUAUGAAGCCAAACAUUGUUCCCAACUGCAUACGGACAGAGAAUUACACGAUUGCUUUUGAAGUUGAAGAAGAAAAGUUUCCAUUAUUUGGAAAGAAGUAUCAGCUGAAAUUCGCCAAUGAUGUCUCAGCUGAAACUCAUUGCCUGGUUCAUUUUCCAAGUUUAAUAAGGCUGGCCAGGGAAGCUGGUCUUGAGUAUGUGGAGAUCCAAAAUUUGACCGAAUUUUAUGAUGACAACAGAGCACAAUUAGCAGGCUUGCUUACAAACUAUGCUCCAAACCUUUUGGAUACUAGGGGUAAACUUCUUCCUCGAUCAUAUGACGUGCUCGGUCUCUAUACAACAUUUAUAUUUCAAAAGCCUGACCCAGAAAUCGCACCCCCAAUUACAACUCCAAUAUUGCAAGAUGCUAGUUAUAAUCUCGAUGAGGGAACAAGUUGGUGGGAUGAAGAAAUAAAUGGGCAUGUAGUGGAUUCUUCUAUUGGGCUGGGCAUGAUAAGCGAGCAGAAAGGGAUAUUGGGCCCUGGCCCAGCAGAACUACGAUUCCCAGAAGCACUUUGAUAUGGCUGUUUUAAUCAAGAUAUAGGUUUAGCUAUUUUCAUUGGCUUAAUGCUGUUAAUAUUUUACUUGCAUCCCAAAAAAGUGGAAGUUAGGCUCGUACUUCGUCCCUUUGUUUUUUUUAAGGUUAGGUGUUUUAUCUGACAUGUAGAUGUAGUCAAUAUUGAGGGGUUAGGUUAUCCUGUUUUGCCAUAUUUUAGUCGCAUGAUUUUCUUUGGAUCUUGUCUCUCCCAAACCCAGUGUCCCAAACAGUAGAAUUAAAAUGAAGUAAAUACUCAUUAUUGAGAGGUUAGGUUAUCCUA